UUUGAGAGCAUAUUCAUUCAUUCAUGGUGCUUAAGAGUAUUCUCCUCUCAAUUGCUAUAUACUAAAGGAGACUCUCUCUCUCUCUCUCUCUCUCUCUCUCUCUCACAUUACCUUUUUCAUCAUAAUAGUAAACUCAAUUUCUCUCUCUCCAUUUUCUCUGGAGCAAACUAAGACGGGGGAGGGGUAGAUGACGACGGAGGAUGGAGGAAUGAGGUUCACGGUGGCUUCAGUAAUGGAGGAUGUGUUGCAGCAACACGGAAACGGGCUUAGAGAUCAUGAUCUAGACUCUCGUCGUGCUGAAGAAGCUGCAUCGAGGAGAUACGAGGCGGCUAAUUGGCUGAGGAAGAUGGUAGGAGUGGUGGGAGCUAAAGAUUUGCCUGCUGAGCCAACGGAAGAAGGUUUCAGGCUUGGUUUAAGAAGUGGAAUCAUCCUUUGCAAAGUCCUCAAUAAGGUUCACCCUGGUUCUGUUUCUAAGGUUGUGGAAGGUCCUUGUGAAGCGGUUCUUGUUGCUGAUGGAGCUCCUUUAUCAGCCUUUCAGUAUUUUGAGAAUGUUAGGAACUUCCUUGUUGCUAUCCAGGAUAUGGGCUUUCCUACUUUUGAAGCUUCUGAUCUUGAGCAAGGAGGAAAAGCUUCUCGUAUUGUGAAUUGUGUUUUGGCAAUUAAGUCGUAUGAUGAAUGGAAACAAAGUGGUGGAAUUGGAGUUUGGAAGUUUGGUGGUGGCAUUAAGCCUUCUUCACUGGCUAAAGCAUCAUCUUUCGUGAGGAAAAACUCAGAGCCUUUCAUGAACUCUUUAUCCAGAACCUCUUCUAUUAACAACGAGAAGUCUCCUUCUGAGAGUGAUUCUAACAACGUGUCCAAAUCGGGUUCAUUGAGCACACUUGUUCGCGCUGUUCUAUCAGAUAAAAGGCCUGAGGAAGUGCCUAAACUUAUUGAAUCGCUGCUAAGCAAAGUUGUCGAGGAGUUUGAAAAUCGAGUUACAAACCAGUAUAAGUUGGCCCAAGCAGCCCCAUCAGAAUCAACUUCUUCACUUAACAGCAGAUCAUUUCAUAAACCUGUUGGUGCAAGAGAGAGGGAAGAGAAGAGCUUCAAAGCAAUAAAGAAAGACGAAACCAAUCAGAAAAACCUGGUUCUUGAUGAAGAGAUGAAAAAUCGACAAUUUAAACAACUGACAAUCUUCAACCAACAACAAGAAGAUAUAGAAGGACUAAGGCAGACACUCUACACUACAAAAGCUGGUAUGAAAUUUAUGCAGAAGAAGUUUCAAGAAGAGUUCUCUUCUCUUGGCAUGCACAUUCAUGGCCUAGCUCAUGCUGCUUCUGGCUAUCACCGAGUUCUUGAAGAAAACCGAAAGCUGUACAAUCAGGUGCAGGACCUCAAGGGUAGCAUCCGUGUGUAUUGUCGUGUACGACCAUUUUUGCCUGGACAAUCCAGCUUUUCCAGUACAAUUGGGAGCAUGCAGGACGAUAGCAUAGGGAUUAACACUGCAUCAAGACAUGGAAAAUCAAUCAAAUCCUUCAGUUUCAAUAAAGUCUUUGGCCCAUCUGCUACUCAAGAGGAGGUAUUCUCUGAUAUGCAGCCAUUGGUCCGUUCUGUUCUUGAUGGAUACAAUGUCUGCAUAUUUGCAUAUGGUCAAACUGGAUCCGGAAAAACAUUCACAAUGAGUGGACCAAGAGAUAUAACGGAGAAGAGUCAAGGAGUUAACUACAGAGCACUUGGUGACCUGUUUCUUCUUGCUGAACAAAGAAAAGACACAUUCCGUUAUGAUAUUGCUGUUCAGAUGAUUGAAAUUUACAACGAGCAAGUCAGAGACCUUCUGGUUAUUGAUGGAAGCAACAAGAGGUUAGAGAUCAGGAAUAGCUCUCAAAAGGGUCUAAGCGUACCGGAUGCAAGUCUUGUGCCGGUUUCUUCAACAUAUGAUGUGAUUGAUCUAAUGAAACUUGGGCACAAGAACCGCGCUGUUGGAUCAACAGCCUUGAAUGAUCGAAGCAGCCGUUCUCAUAGUUGCUUGACGGUUCAUGUUCAAGGAAGAGACUUGACUUCAGGAGCUGUUCUUCGUGGAUGUAUGCAUCUUGUGGAUCUAGCAGGCAGUGAAAGGGUAGAUAAAUCCGAAGUUACUGGAGACAGACUAAAAGAAGCACAGCACAUCAACAAAUCUCUAUCUGCUUUAGGAGAUGUGAUUGCUUCACUAGCUCACAAGAACCCUCAUGUUCCUUACAGAAACAGCAAACUCACACAACUCCUUCAGGAUUCUCUUGGAGGACAAGCAAAGACAUUGAUGUUUGUCCACAUUAGUCCUGAGGCAGAUGCAGUUGGGGAAACAAUAAGCACUUUGAAGUUUGCGGAGAGAGUAGCUACAGUUGAGCUCGGUGCUGCCCGAGUAAACAAUGACACUUCAGAUGUUAAGGAACUCAAGGAACAGAUUGCUACUCUUAAAGCAGCACUCGCUAGGAAAGAAGCAGGGUCACAACAGAACACUAUCAUAACAACUCCUGGUGGCUCUGAGAAACACAAAGCCAGAACUGGUGAAGUAGAGAUUCAUAACAAUAGCAUCAUGACAAAGAAGUCAGAGAGCUGUGAAGUGGAGGAGAUUACAGUGAACUCACCACCUUGGCCACCGGUAGCAAGUCCAGGCCAAACCUACAGAGAGGAAGACCCAAGUUUCGGUUCAAGUGAAUGGGUUGAUAAGGUAAUGGUGAAUAACAGGCAAGACGAGAUGAGAAGAGUGGAGAGUCUUUGGGGAGGAGGAAUGACAGACAAUGGGAUAAGUGUUCUGCCGGAAGAUUUUUCAGACAGUUCAAGAAUAUUCUCUGAACAUUCUUACAACAUCUUCAUGGGAAACAACAACAACAGCGCAGACGAUCUAGAUGCAGCCACAAGUGAGUCAUCUGAGCCAGACUUGCUCUGGCAAUAUAACCAAUCCGCCUCCAAGAUGUCAUCAACAACAAGCACUAUUGAGUCAGCAAAAGCAAAGAAACCUGUCUCAAGACCGAUAAGAAGUCCUCAACUCAGGAACACAAACACGGUUACACGUCCUUUAGCGAAUGGUCCUCGUGGCACGAAACAGGUUGGUCUUGCUGCUGAUAUGAAGCGAAAAGCAAGCGUCAGACGUUGAAAGGGCACAUUCACUCACACACGCAUAAAGAUAUACAUACAGUCGGACACCUGGUUCUUUAUUUGAUUAUUUUCUUCCACUCUGGUUUCUUUUUCUGGUUGUGCAAGUUUCUAUAUAUAACACAGACAAUGGUUGAUAGCUACAGAAUGCAGCAAUAGUUUGUUCUUGUUGCUCUUCUUCUCAUUCUUGGGUUUGUUUUUUUUUGUCUGUUCUUCUAUGUAUAUUAUUUCAGUAGCUGAACAUAAACAAGAUUUGUAUGUAACACUAUUGC